UUACACAUUUUAUUUCACAGAAGAAAAAAUCAUUGUUAACAGCCUGUAGUUACAAAAUCAUUGCCAUUGUUCUUGCACAGAAGUACUAUUGAUUUCUAAUGAUCAGAAAUGGAGGUUAUCCCCGGAAUCGAUUUUUGGAAAUACUUACAGAAUUGGUUGUUAGAGAAUCUAGUUAGUUCAUUGGAUUUAGAAGCAUUCACAUUGUAACUAAUAUAUAGAUUGCAAUUUGCAAGUAUUUUAUUACAUCGUACUGUCGAUGUAUCCAUCGUUGUUAUACUAUAUAUGACGUCCUCACCUGGAUCCAAUCCUGCAAUCAUCGAGCUGUCCAUCAAUGGCUGCUGCUGCUCUUCUACGCCUGGUUUCGAUUUUGGUUCUCAUAGCCAUCAUUGAGGGCCGAUUUCUGAGGCUCAAUUCAUCCGAUGAUCAUUUGACCUCAGAUGGAGUUGAUCAUAUUGUCCAUAACCAGACAUCAAGUGUUAAGACAUUAGGCGCCGCGCCGCCCAUCCCGACCACAUGCGACCACCAAUAUGGCUUCCUGCCCUGUGCCGAAAACCCCUUGGGAUAUAUCUUCCAGAUUGUUGUGUAUCAGCUCCUGCUCACAUAUGGCGGACAGCAGAUAGGCAGCGGGAGUAAGGUUUUGUUCAGCAUACUCGGAGUUGGGAAAUUCGGGGGAAUCAUAUUCCGAAUCCUCAUGUCCCUGCCAUCGAUGGUGUUAAUGAUUGUUUCAGGAGUGUUCAGCAGCAAAGAGAAUGCUCAAUCGCAGGUCUCGUUUGGCGUAGGACUUUACGCCGGAAGCACUGUGUUUAGUCUCACACUGCAAUGGGGGAUUUGUGUAAUUUUUGGUAGACGGAAGUUGGAUAACGAUCAUUCUGAAUUGGCUCCGCAAUCAUCUUGUUUUCUGGCGAAGGAGAAACUCACCUUCUUGACAGAUAUUGGAGUGAAAACUGAUCCCGAGACUCGGACGACUGCAGGCAUUGUGGUCCUAUCUUUAGUUCCUUAUGUCAUCGUGCAAUUGGUUAAUUUGUUUCAUACGGCAUCCGGAGUGCGCGCCAUGACUUUGAUCGCGCUGAUUGUGUCGACAUUGUCUUUGUUGUCGUACUUCGCCUAUCAGAUUUUGUAUCCUAAGAUUCAGGAGAGGAGCUUACACUACACCAAGUACGAAGUUCUUCGAACAGGUUUUCUGAAGCACAUUCAACGGCAGGGACAGCUCGUGAACGAACAGGGGAAGCUCAACACUGAUGUUAUAAAAAACCUGUUCGACAACGUAGAUAAGGAUGAUGAUCACAGCAUCACCAAGACUGAGUUGAGUGGUUUGGUGCUCGAUAUCAUCCGCAGUGGGAAGGUGAAGGUCGAUGAAAAGUUUGCCAUGGCAGAAGUGAUGAAAGUUUUUGAUUCCAACGACGACAGGAGCAUAACCGAGGAAGAAUUUGUCAAGGGAUGCAAGAAAUGGAUCGAUGAAACCAACAAUUCAUCUGAAAACCACAACUCAUCUUCCAAAGAUGUUUUUCAGGAGCUCUUGGAGAUAUUCAAAGAGAAUAAAGAAAAUGAUCCCAAGGAAAUUGACAGGAUAAUGUCGAAGAUUUUGAAGCAUGCUCAAACUCAGCUGCUGAAAUCUGAAUCACUGAUCGGUGAAGAUGGGAAGCCUAAUGUUGGUCGCAUCCAGACUCUCUUCAAGCAGUUCGACUUGGAUGGAGAUAAAUCGAUAUCAUUUUCUGAACUCAAUCAACUAAUAAGUACUGUGAAGUUCGGCGAAAUGAAGGCGAAAUCUGAGGACACCAUCAUGGAGUUGUUCAAGGAUUUCGAUAAGGACGGCGAUCAAAUAAUCAACGAACCAGAAUUCAUAGAGGGAGUAUCGAAGUGGCUGAAUAAGGCCAUUAGCGUUGCGAAAACAUCAGACAAGAGUAAAGCUAUUGACGAAUUCGACAAGAUCGUAUGGAAGAAAACACUCGACAAGCGCGCAUUUUUCGUAUCCAUUUUCCAGCUCGCAUUAGGCAUCGUUAUGCUUACCUUCCUCGGAGGGCCACUGAUGAACAACAUUCUGCAGCUAUCCUUCGCGAUGAACUUAUCAUCCUUCAGCAUCUCCUUCGUCAUCGUACCUGUGGCGAUGAACGCAAGAGCUGCCAUAGCAGCAUUGAUGCCGGCGAGCGAGAAGAACGAAAUAAGUGCUUCACUGACAUUUUCCGAGAUAUACGGCACGGUGAUCAUGAACAACGUGGCGGGGUUGACGACGCUGCUGGCGAUUGUGUACGCGAAGGACUUGAGAUGGGAUUUCUCAGCAGAAGUUCUGACGAUCCUGUUCGUCGGCGCCGUCAUCGGAAUUCUGGCGUAUAGAUGCAAAACUUAUCCUCUGUGGACAUGCAUUUUGGCAUUUGCUCUCUAUCCUUUCUCCUUAACCUUGUAUUACUUGGUUCAGCUUUUCUUCAAGUGGAAUUGAUAAGUUUCGAUGUGUUUGUUUCAUAGGCAUUUCCUCUGAAUAAUAAAGAUUCUGUUGCACAUUUUUA